AACGCAAUAACGCAAAGGGUAUAAAUGGUAAUUAAUAAUAACUUAUCUGCUCUUAUAUUCAACGGAGUUUUAUCCUCAAUUCGCAUAGAAUAUCGAAACAUGGAAGACUCAACGAUCCUAAACACCACAACGUAUCUAGAAGCGUUGGCGCAAGGAAACGGUCUAAGCGAGAUAGAGGUUUUAAUCCUACAAGGCUUAGAACUCAUCCAUGUCGGAAAAGGAAUCAUACGAUGUAAACUACUCGUCACGGAUCGCGUCGCGGGAGAUGAUGGAACUUGGCGCGCCGGGGCUAUUACGGCGGUGAUGGAUGCGAUCGGUGCUGCUUCUGUCUACUCCACCGGCGACGGACUCCAUUCUUCUGUUGAUCUCAACGCUUCGUUUUAUUCAGCGGCCAAGAUUCAUGAAAAAGUAGAGGUAGAAGCAAGAGUGAAGGGGACCAAUGGAAGGCUAAAAUCAUCUGUGAUUGAGAUUAGAAGAGAAAGAGAUGGAGAACUUAUAGCCACAGGAAGGUUGUGGAUGGCUCCACUUGUACUCAAAGCCAAACACACUGGUUCUUCUAAUCUUAUGGAUGACUCACUAUCAGAAUUCACACACAACUUGCCAGAAAAGUCAGAAGGCCACCACAACCACAAGGUUAGCAACCAGAAUUUUAUAAAAAUAAAUAAAUUGAUGAUAAUGAUACUUAUAUUCUUUAUGGAUAUUUAAGACUUGUUGUGAUAUAAUCACAUGGACAUUUCAGAAUACCUGGCUUUUUGUCUUAAUUUUACCGACUUUGAUAUAUAUACGAUUUAAUUUUGUGGAAACAAGCACUAAAAAAAUAAAUCGCUUUAGUUUCAUUUAUUGGACAGCAAUUUCAGGGUGGCACAUGCAACAUGUGAGAAAUUUUGACUCUUUACGGAAAGAGGCUUCUUCUACAAAGCAUAAUCAUAGAUCUUAAAAUAGAAAGUUUACUGUAUACAUAUAUAUAACCUUAGUGUUGUAUACUUCAACAAAUAAACAGCUAUUAGUGAUUCAGGAAAUGAUACCAAAUAUAAAAUAUUCCCUCAAAUUUACCAGCUAGUAAAAACAAAUUACCCUUCCGAGGGUUUUAAUAAAUAAAGAAUUACUUUUAGAAAAACCUCGUACCAUUUAAUUCCAAGAACCAUAAUUAUAUGAUUGUUAGAUUUUAUUGAAUUGUCGACGCAAAGUAAAGUCCAAUUAUUGGUUUACAUCUUUCACCCAAAUCAAUCUAAACUGAAAAUCCCGGUUUGUGAUUUCCAAAUUUACUAUAAAAACAAUAACCUGAAAUCCCCUCAGUACUCUUGACAAGAAACCGUAUAAACAAACCAUUUACAAACCCGAAGGACAAGAUGUAAAUUAAUGUAAAUCAAACCGGAAAACAGACCGGAUUAAACCGGGAAAUGAGAAGAACCAUAAACCGGUUCUUGAACUGAAAUUUUUUUUUUUUUUUUUGAGAGGCGGUGAAGU